AUGCGCGCCGUGAUGAAACCGCAGCGACAAGCUCAAUAUGCUUAUCAAUCACUUUCCAUACCGCCAUCCCUGGACGACCCGGCUAUUCGUUCCAGAUACCGGCCGUUUCUGCUGCCGGGCAGUAUCAGCGAACAGGACUGGGUUGGCAGAUUGGAACUUGCGACCGUGACGGAAAUGGCGCACAACGAUUUGAAACGCACAGGCGAGAGGAUCAAGGUAUUGGUUCUGUACGGGAGUCUACGUUCAAGGUCCUACUCGAAACUUCUGGCGUUUGAAAUCUCGCGCAUUCUUUGGCGACUCGGUUGCGAUGUGCGGGUUUAUGACCCCAGAGGUCUGCCGGUCAAGGACGAUGAGCAGCACAACCAUCCAAAGGUUGUGGAACUUCGAGAGCUCAGCCGCUGGAGCGACGGGCAUUUCUGGGUAUCACCCGAACAACACGGCAAUUUGACUGCUGUCUUUAAGAAUCAAAUCGAUUGGAUUCCCCUGAGUACGGGCUCGGUUCGGCCCACCCAGGGACGGACCUUGGGAUUGGCAAUGGUCUCGGGUGGUUCGCAAUCGUUCAACACGGUGAAUAGCCUCCGCGUGCUGGGGAGGUGGAUGCGAAUGUUCGCGAUUCCGAAUCAGUCCUCCAUUCCAAGGGCGUACACGUUAUUCACCGACGAGGAUGCGGAGGAAGGCGGCUCGAGAUUGAUGCCUGGCGGAAAUCGGGAUCGACUGGUGGACUGCGCGGAGGAAUUUGUCAAAUAUACAAUCAUCAUGCGACCUCACUUCGCAUUGUUCGGCGAUCGUUUCAGCGAACGAGAACCGCUACCGAAAGAUUAG